AUGGCCGCCGAGGAAGCAACAAAGACCCAGAGCCAGGGAGAGUUUAUCCUCUACACAACCCUGAGGAUCCUUGGCGUGCUUGCGUCGGUCUACUUCUUCCUGAUGGGCUUGGACAUGAUGGGUAGCUCCUUCCUCGUCCUAGGAGGUAAGGGUGCAGGCGAAUUGUUCACGAUCACCGACAACCCAAUAACAGGUCUCAUGGUGGGAAUCUUGGCGACCGUCCUCGUCCAGUCCUCUUCCACGAGCACAUCAAUCGUGGUGGGCCUGGUGGGUGCUGGGCAGGUGAGCGUUGGAAAUGCCAUCCCCAUUAUCAUGGGAGCCAACAUUGGCACAUCUGUGACCAACAGCAUCGUGUCUAUGGCGCAUGCCGGCGAGCGUCUCGAACUUGAGCGCGCCUUCUCUGGCGCAACUGUGCAUGACAUGUUCAACAUGCUCAGCGUCGCUGUCCUCCUGCCUGAGGAAAUCAUCCUCGGCGCAAUCACCGGAGAGGGCGGCCUUCUGUUCUACAUUUCCAAGGGCAUCGCAGACGCGGCCAUGGGUGGCGGUGGCGGCGACAUCACCUUUACAUCCCCGACGAAGUUCAUUGUCAGCCCGGUGACAGACCUCUUUGUCGACCCGAACAAGGAUGUCACCAAGGCCCUUUCCCUGGGCCCUCCCAAAGCCACGGCCAUGCCAGCUGGAGUGACCUGCCCAGCGAACAUGGACUGCACCAACUACUUCUGCGUGUCUUCGGCCAUGAGCAAGAACUGGGGGAAGGUGGACAAGACGAACUACGCAACCCUCCAGACGUGCACCGACGUGUUCCCAACCAGGACCUUCGACUGUGGUUCGGACACUUGCUACAUGGAGGCCGAUAAGUUUUAUACGCAGUCCAUCACCGGCGGCGUUAUCAUGGAUGAAG